GAGGGAAUGCAAAGUAUAGGGAUUAUGCAACUGGUCUUGAUCAAUCUCCUCCACAUUGCUUGGUACCAGGGCUGGGUGAGCCUACUUGAUGAGAUUGAUGAUUCCAUCAAAGUACAGGUUGGUAGAAUGCGAUCAUCACUCCCCCAAUCCACUUUCUCUCAGUCAUUUUUACCUAUCCUGAUAGUACCCACUGACUACUCGGAAGGCUGUUGAUGUGUUGAAUGCAGAUUCCACUGAGGGGCUGCUGUUUCAAGGGUCGUUGGCUCAAUCAAAGGUAUAUUUUCAGCUUCUGCAGCUUCUGCGUAUUAUCC